AUGGAGGACUGUGCCCUGUGGAAGAGGCACCUGCUCAACCUCACCACCCAGGUGGCACUGGCCAUCUACGUCAUGGGCAAGCAAUGGCAAGGGGACAAGCAACUUGUGGCUCCCAUGGUGCUAAUCUUCAUCUCUGGGACAGCCAAAUAUAUGGAGAGAAUAUGGAUACUUGGGAGAGCCGGCUCAUGGGGACCUAUAAGCAGGCCUUGGGGUCCGUUGUGUGGGCAGAGAAAAACCCUGGGGCCGAGGAUCAGGUCAUUGUUCUCGUCUAACAUGGAGGAUGUGGCUCAUGACCUGUUUUAUCGUAGCAUGAACUAUUUCAUGAACAGGACUAGUAAAAAGAUUCGCAGGACUAGUUUUGAUCAGAAGGAACGAGAUCGUCUCAAGUCAGACGUGGGAGUUAACUUGGCAUACAAGUUUGCUGAGACCCAACUCUCGUUGAUCUAUGACUUCAUGUACACCAAGUUUGGAAGCCUCCAUUGUGUGUUGCACCGUCUCACCAUCCUUAUCAUAAACUCUACAGCUCUCGCUCUGUUUGUUGUUCAUCAUAAGGGAGGGAAGAGGCGAUCAGAAGCUGGCAAGUACUACUACAGAGUAGCUGAUGUUGCCAUCUCUAAGAUCUCUUACAUAUUGCUUGUGGGUGCUGUGGCGUUGGAGAUAUCCUCUAUACUGAUCUGGCUCAUAACAUCAUAUUGGCCAUACAAGGUAUUCCCAAGAGGAGACCAUAGUCCAAGAAUUGUGGUUAGCAUCCUCAAGCGCCUCCGCCCAGCACAGGGAAGCAACAGAUUGGAAUGGUCAGGUAAGCUGCAGCAGUACAACUUGACCGAUGAAAUCAUCCAAGAGGAGAAGGCGAGAAAGGAAUAUGGAUGGCUGAAAUGGAUAAUGUGGCAUAUGGGCAUCAAGCAACAAGACGACGCCACAACCAAACAUGUUGCCAUCUCCCCAGAGGUAAAGAAGGUGUUCCUUGAUAAACUACGUGAGAAUUACAGGAGGUUGAACUUGGCCAGCUUCCGUGCCGAGUGGGCAACUUCUUCCUCCUCUAGGUUUGGUGCAGCUCAACAGGAAGUCAGAGGCAUCUUGGAAGGCAUGGAUCUUGUAUCAAGUGCCUUUCUUUGGCACUUUGUGACGGACAUAUGCCUACUGCGGGACGAGACGCCCUCUAAGCUUAGAACCUGCAGCCGACACCUGUCCAAUUACAUCGUGCACCUGGUCUACAAGUGCGACUUGAUGGUUGAUGCUGAGGGGCGUUCAUUAUUUGAAGACUAUAUACGGUUGAUGGGAAAAUUUUGGAAAGAUGCCAACUAUGAUAAGAGGGACCUCCUCCUGAGAUACCGCAGUGACAGAUUCUCUCAAGAUCCAGUCCGUCCAGCAGUUGGGAAAGCUGCUAAGGUGGCCUUUCUACUUAACGGUGAAGCAGCGGCUGCUGAUCAGUGGGAGAUGAUCACAAUGGUAUGGUUGGAAAUGCUCUGCUACAUUGCAAUGAACUGUGAUCACGGGUUCCACGCCAAGCAGCUGAGCGCUGGAGGGGAGUUCCUCACUCAUGCCAAGAUGAUCAUGUUUCAACUGGUUGUUCCCGAUGAGCAGCUAAUGAGGAUGUAA